GUUUUAUUAAAAAAACCCAAUUUCGCACACAGUCCCUCUCUCAGUCUCUCUCUCUCUUGAAAAGUGGCAGCAGAACUGCCGAAGUAGCAACAGCAACAAAUUUAAAGCCAUCCACACCUCCGCUGAACCGCUGGCUCUUGCGAACGAAAAGGAAAGCAGCAACAAAAAUGGACUCGACACCUCCGCGGCAUCCGCCUAACAUCCUCCUGGGCCCCACACCUACCUCCUCCACACACCAUCCUUUCUCCCCCACUCCCACCUCCGCCCCCGGUUCCUCCAUGAUCUACCGUUUCGCCUCUAAUUCCGUGGGUCCCACCAGCGCUGCCGUUGCGGUCCCGAGACCCUUUGAUGCUACGAUUGGUGCACCCAACGCGGGUGCGUUUGAUGGAUCAUCUUCCUCUUUGAGGCCUUGCGGGUUCGACAUCGAUCCGGCCAAGAAGAAGCGCGGCCGGCCCAGGAAGUACGCCCCAGACAACAACAUUGCCCUCGGACUCGCUCCUACGCCUACCUCCACCGCUUCGGCUUCAUCUGCUUUGGUGCUCCACGGCCAUUCUGGUGGUAAUGGCGGUGGUACGCCUCCUUCUGAGCCGACUUUGAAGCGUCAGCGUGGAAGGCCCCCUGGGUCUGGAAAGAAGCAGCUAGAUGCGUUGGGAGCUGGAGGAGUGGGUUUCACACCGCAUGUUAUCAUGGUGAAAGCUGGCGAUGACAUAGCAUCUAAAAUUUUGGCCUUUUCACAGCAAGGGCCGAGAACAGUUUGCAUUCUUUCCGCAAAUGGUGCCAUAUGUAAUGUUACCCUCCACCAUCCAGCGAAUGCUGGGAGUACAGUGACAUACGAGGGACGAUAUGAAAUCAUCUCUCUAUCUGGUUCCUUCUUGCUUUCUGAAAGUAAUGGUAGUCGGAGCAGAAAUGGUGGUCUGAGUGUGUCACUUGCGGGUCCUGAUGGCCGUGUGUUGGGUGGUGGAGUUGCUGGUAUGCUAAUGGCAGCAACACCAGUGCAGGUUAUUGUUGGCAGCUUUAUUGCAGAGGGGAAAAAAUCAAAUAACACUGCAAAACCUGAGCCAUCUUCAGCUCCUACACCCUCUAUGUUGAAUUUUGGUACAACAGCAACAACAGCAAGCCCCGAGUCUCGAGGGGGUUCAAGUGAGUCCUCUGAUGAGAAUGGUGGUAGCACACUUAAUCGGGCCCCUGGACUCUACAGUAACUCUGGUCAGCAAAUGCAUAGUAUGCAAAUGUACCACCAACUAUGGGCUGGCCAAACACAACAAUGAAGACUCUUCCAGCUUGACGGUACAGCUUCAAGACAUGCCUUGUGAUUGUUCUACCAUAGCCAGGAGAUGUUGAUUUUUAGAACGCUGACAGGCAUUGCUGAGUACAAAUGGUAGAGAUGGCUUUUUUGUUUUCCUCGUCUCUAAUUUUUCUUUUCUUGUUAGAUCAGUUUCCUUUUCUUUUUUUUCCCCUCCUCGAGUAGUUCGUUAGUUUUUUUUCCACCUUUCUGAUUGAGGGAUUAUCAUUGUUGAUAACAGCAAGAUAUGUGCUACCCUUUAGUUAUAAUCUAGUUCCGGUUUGCUUUUCA